UUUGAUGAGAUCAUUCUCUCCACUGCUCUCAUGAACCAGAUCAUCAGCUUUGACAAGGUGUCUGGUAAAUAUUCCACAGAUGUGAGGCACAGAAAUGAGCCCCAGGCCCCAAAACAGGCAUUUUCCUGGGARCAGAUCACAGCAGGGUUCAUCCUGGCAGCAUCAUGAGGAGGAAUCCUUGUGUGCCAGGCAGGCUGUGUCUUGGAGAGACUCAGUGAGUUCUUGGAGAAGCAGGGGUUUAUCAUGCCACUGGACCUGGGAGCCAAAGGCAGCUGUCACAUCGGGGGGAACGUGGCCACMAACGCCGGGGGCUUGCGGCUCUUGAGAUACGGCUCUCUGCGAGGGACAGUGCUGGGCCUGGAAGUGGUGCUGGCUGAUGGCUCAACUCUGGACUGUCUGACCUCUCUGCGCAAAGAUAACACGGGCUAUGACCUGAAGCAGCUCUUCAUCGGAUCCGAGGGGACCUUGGGAGUUAUCACUGCGGUCUCCAUACUCUGUCCUCAGAAGCCUAAGGCUGUGAAUGUGGCAUUUCUAGGCUGUCAGAGUUUUGMGAAGGUUCUGGAAACAUUCACAACCUGCAGAGCCAUGCUGGGCGAGAUCCUGUCUGCCUAUGAGUUCAUGGAUGAGAAGUGUAUGGAAUUGGUUGAGAGACAUCUCAAGCUGUCCAGACCAGUGGCAGACAGCCCUUUUUAUGUUUUAAUUGAAACUUCGGGCUCCAACUCAACCCAUGAUGAAGAAAAAUUGAACAACUUCCUAGAACAGGCCAUGGCUUCUGGUUUGGUCACUGAUGGAACUGUGGCAACGGACARUAACAAAAUAAAGAUGCUGUGGAGCCUGCGGGAGAGGAUCACAGAAGCCCUCACCCAUGAAGGUUAUGUCUACAAGUACGACAUCUCUCUGCCUGUAGGAAAGCUCUAUGACCUGGUGACUGACAUGAGGGMUCGUCUGGGCCAGAGUGCCAAAAAUGUGGUGGGCUACGGCCACUUGGGAGAUGGGAACUUGCACUUGAACGUCACAGCGGAGUCCUACAGCCAUUCCCUGCUGGAUGCCAUUGAGCCCUUUGUGUACGAGUGGACUGCAAAAUGCAGUGGGAGUAUCAGUGCAGAGCACGGGCUGGGCUUCAAGAAGAAGCAUUUUAUUCACUACAGCAAACCUAGCGAGGCAGUCAUGCUCAUGCAGCAGUUCAAAGCCAUGCUGGACCCCAAAGGCAUCCUCAAUCCCUACAAGACACUGCCCUCAGCUCCUGAGAGCAGCAUGUGCUGAGGAGCCAGCAGAGCAGGGCAGCUCCAGCUCUGUAUCUGCACUUUAGCCAUAAACACACUGGUGGAUCAGCAAGCACGUGCUCCGUGUCUGAUUUCUUUAGUGGGAUUGAACAAGUACAGGAACAUGGUUGCUGUUUUCAGAAGUGCCUGCUCUUGCUGAGGAACACUGCUGUGUUUCCUAUUCAGUCUGAACAUUGAAACCAAAUAUGGAGAUACUGUGUGUGCAUGAUUAUUCCAGCUCUCUUUCCCCUUAGGUUUGCUCUGAUUUAUCAGUGACAGUUGCCAAAGGAGCCAUUUUCUCACUUGGAGUGUGCAAGUGAAAYAUCAGAGGCACAGGAGAACCUGUGGAUGCAAAUCUUCCAAGUGAAGGUGUUGCUCUUCCUGGCUUGUUUUAUCUAAUACAGUUAUCCCAAAGCCCACAGCAGUAUCUGUUUAUGGCCUCUUUAGUGAUGCCACUGCCAGGCUGCCCCAAAUAGGCAUCAGUGUUGUCCCAUGUAUGGGUUUGCAGUCCUGGAAGGACUGGCCAGAGUAGAGAGGGUGCUGGAGACCCAGCUUCUCGAUUUUAUCAGCUGGAGGAGAAAUACCAGCAGCCAGGCUAAGGGAGGGAUAUCCCAGGAUAUUUGCCUGUCCACCCUCUAGGCAUGCCAGUGUUUCCUGGUUCCUUGACUUGCAGUCUGUCCUUCACAGCAAAUCAUGAUUUGUGAAAUUAUCCCUCCCAACCUGGCUGGAUAAUAUCUGGGAUAACCCUGCAUGAUAACGCAAAAAGCAUUGAAGCUUUGAAGCARCCUGGUCUAGUGGAAUGUGYCCCUGCCCAUAGCRUAGGAGUGGAAUGAGAUGGGCUUUAAGGUCCCUUCCAAAYCAAACCGCUCUGUGAUUCUGUUCUGGGAGUGCUGUGGACUCUGGAGGGAGUUCCCCCUGGUCUGGAGGGACAAUAGGCCUUGCAGAGGGUUCUGGAUAGAUGCACCAUCAGGCAACUGUCGGUGGCAUUACUGGGCYCAAGUGCUGCAUUUUGUGCUCAGGGUGGAGCAAUGCUGAACCAAGUGUAAGCUGGGAGAGGAUUGGCUGGGGAGCAGCCCUGCAGAAAGGAUCUGGGGGUGCUGGUUGGCAGCAGCUCAGUAGGAACCACUGCCAGGAGGGCAAAUGGCAUCCUGGGGGCAUCUGACACAGCAUGGCCAGUGGUCAGGACAGGRGAUGGUCCGGCUGUGCUCAGC